AUGUCGGUUUAUCUGCAAGUUAGCACGACGUGUGAUGACGAAAUGUACGAUAGUGGAAACAGUGGGAACAACAACACAUCGAGCCAGCAGAAUCUAUUGUCUAUUGCCAGCGUAAGUCAGUCGCUUGCACAUCCAACCUGCAAAUUCAAUCAUAGUUUAAAAAACGACGAAUCUUAUGGAGAGACUGAAAAACGAAAACUUACUUGGGCCAUCGUGUUUACGGUAGCUUUCAUGCUGGCUCAAUUCAUUGGCGGUUACCUGUCCGGCAGUUUAGCAAUCAUGACCGACGCCGCCCAUAUGCUGUCCGACUGCAUUAGCUUCCUGAUAGCGGUUAUUUCGAUUUGGAUAUCGAAUAAACCACCCGACGGGCGGAUGUCCUUCGGAUAUAGGCGAGUAGAGGUUAUCGGUGCCCUACUGUCCAUCUUCGGUAUCUGGAUUCUCACAGUAUUCCUCGUAGUAGCGUCCGCUCAUCGGCUAAUCCACGAUGAUUUCGAUAUUGAUGCCAACAGUAUGAUCGUAAUAGCCGUGUUGGGCGUAGUGAUGAACAUUGCCAUAGCAUUGGUUUUGCACGGGUCUUGUGCCGUAGUGCCGCAUGCACAUCAUGGCCAUUCGCACGGCCAUUCUCAUGUUCACGCGCAGAAGAACGGCUACUCCAAACCCGUCGGAUCUAUAUCGGUUGCUCCUGCACCGUCUCGCUCCCGAUCUCAUUCACCGCGUAAAAAGAAGCCUCAGCUCCGUUUGGAAAAGUUUAAUCUAUGUGACGAAAAACGGACCUGCCAAAUGGAACAACUCACCAUUCCAAACUUACCUCACACUCCAAGCGUUAGCCCACAUACCUCGCUUCCAAACACUAGACACAAUUCGUUUACGGUGAAAACAGCCUCGUCUACAAAUCUAGAGAAUAUUCUUCACAUAGCUAGGAAAAAACUGAACACCGAAGCCCUAAGACAGAGAAUGAGUUUGGAUGCUGGAGGCAAUUCUCCAGAUAUCAUAACAUCCAGUAAGUUUUUGUACAAUAAAAUGGACGCCGACGAUUGCUUGACCUUAAGCCGUAGCAGAAGAGACAGCUGUGAUAGCCAAGACCUGUCUUCAGAAGAAGAACAUUGCUCAAACCAUCACCAUCCGCAGCAUGGAGAUGAAAAUCUUAACGUAAGGGCUGCCAUCAUACAUGUGAUCGGUGAUUUUAUUCAGAGUAUUGGAGUGUUAAUCGCUGCCAUUAUCAUUAAAUUUCAGCCAACUUUUAAAAUAGUCGACCCCAUCUGCACGCUCCUGUUUUCAGUCAUCGUGCUAGUCACUACGGUGCGGAUCUUUCGGGAUUCCGUGCGCAUUCUAAUGGAUGCCGUCCCGACCAGCGUGGCGGUCGAUAAGCUCAGCACCGAGCUCGAGUGCAUAUCCGGCGUCAAGGCCGUGCACGAUCUGAACGUGUGGAGCAUUUCCACCGGACUGAACGUGAUGACCGUUCAUCUGAUGGUUGAUCCAAUUGCAAAUACGUCCAAAAUUCUAGUCGCUGCGCAUGCAAUUGCUCAGAACGGGUUUAAUAUAAAGAAGUGUACGGUACAAAUAGAAAAGAUAACUUUUCGUGCCUAG